AUGGGUGUGAAUACUUGGAUCCACGAUACCAACCUGCGGAUUGCCCGCAGCCCCGUGGGGAGAUGGUUUCGCCUUGAGAAUUCUGGCCAUCCGCGUGAGCGGAAAGGUAGUUUCUUUUUCACCGAGUUGCGAGCCGGUCUUGCCACUUUCUUCGCCAUGGCAUAUAUCAUUUCGGUCAACAGCACGAUCACUUCGGCAACUGGCGGCACAUGUGUUUGCCCGACUGAUGACCUCUGUAAUAACGACCCCGAAUACUUGAUGUGCGUGCAAGAAAUCAAGCGCGACAUUGUUACUGCGACAGCGGCUAUUGCAGCACUCUCCACUUUUUGCAUGGGACUUUUCGCAAACCUACCCAUCGCAUUAGCACCUGGCAUGGGCCUGAAUGCAUACUUUGCGUAUACUGUUGUUGGACUCCAUGGUGGUGGCUUGGUUCCCUAUUCUGUUGCUUUGACUGCUGUUUUUGUCGAGGGCUGGGUCUUUUUAGGCUUGACCUUGAUUGGUAUGCGACAGUGGCUUGCACGGGCACUGCCCGCUUCCAUCAAACUUGCCACUGGCGUUGGCAUCGGAUUGUACCUCGCUCUUAUCGGCUUAACAUACAGUGCUGGUAUCGGCUUGGUUCAAGGUGCGACCGAUACCCCCAUUGAGCUGGCUGGAUGUUCCGAUCCGGGAGAUAAGCUUUGCACCAGCAGUACCAAAAUGCGAAGUCCGACCAUGUGGGUCGGUAUCUUCUGUGGUGGUAUCUUCACUGCGAUGUUGAUGAUGUACCGCGUGAAAGGCGCCGUGAUCGCAGGUAUCCUGCUAGUCUCUAUUAUCUCCUGGCCCCGAAACACCCCAGUCACAUAUUUCCCAUAUACGGAUCUCGGAACCAGCGGCUUUGACUUCUUCAAGAAGGUCGUUACCUUCCAUCCCAUCAAGCAUACUUUGCUUGCACAAAAAUGGAAUAUCUCCGGCCAUGGUAGCCAAUUUGGACUGGCGUUUAUUACAUUCCUGUAUGUCGAUAUCCUGGACACAACCGGCACAAUGUACUCCAUGGCCCGAUUCGCCGGCACCAUCGAUGAGAAAACGCAGGAUUUCGAGGGUAGCGCCAUAGCCUAUAUGGUCGACGCCAUUUCCAUCUCGAUCGGGGCACUCUUAGGCAGCCCGCCAGUUACAGCGUUCGUUGAAUCCGGUGCUGGAAUUUCCGAGGGCGGCAAAACCGGUCUCACAUCCUGCAUGACUGGCAUCGCCUUCUUCAUCUCCGUAUUCUUUGCCCCGAUUUUUGCCUCCAUCCCACCGUGGGCAACAGGAUGCACCCUUGUGAUUGUCGGUGCCCUCAUGGCGAAAGCAGCGGCCGAUAUCAACUGGCGCUACUACGGCGAUGCGAUCCCCGCAUUCCUCACCAUCGCCAUCAUGCCUUUCACAUACAGUAUUGCAUAUGGUCUCAUCGCUGGAAUCCUGAGCUAUAUCGUUCUCAACGGCGGAGCCUGGAUUAUCGAGAAGGCUUCAGGAGGUCGCAUUGUUCCUCCGAACAAGGAUGAGUCGGAUCCUUGGUCCUGGAAGGUUCCCGGUGGUUUCUUGCCGCCUUGGGUGAAACGUGCGGCCGGAGGCAAGAAGGACUUCUGGCGACCGGACGAGGAAAGGGCCAUGUCGGAGGAAUAUGGCUCUUUCGGUUCGUCACAGGAACGUGUUGCCGCUGAGAAGGGCCAAACUGCCGAACCCAUUGUUACUAAGCCCUUGUAG